AUGAGCCACGCAUCUCGAUUCCGCUCGAACUCCCCCGGGAGCAGGCGGCUCGUUGAUCCUAUGCGUGCAUCGACGGGAACUGUUUCUGGCGAUCUGUAUAGUUCUCCGACGAGCUACCAUGCCUUUGACGGUUAUCUGUCUCCGAAAACCACGGAAAGGCGAGGUGGUUUCUUCAGCGUCGAUAAUGGAGAUCGCCUCGAAGCUCUUCCUAUAUCGACCACGACUUACCGAGACGCUAAUCACUCUACGAAAAUGAAGACCGCCUACGCCAUCCGUCCGAGAAGCCAUACGGCUAGCGACUCUAGCCGGCGCCAACUAAGUUUGAAUAUUCCCCCAUCAUCAACAUCAACAUCAUCGGCCAGCCGACAGGGGCCCGUCGUGAUGUCUGCGUACGAUAGACCAACGAGCCCCUUGCCGCCACGUACAUCAUAUACUCGCGACGAGCCAGAACGCUAUGUCUCGCCAGCCACCUCGGCUAGCCGAUCACAUAAACGCAUGCACAGCACGGACUAUACAAGUGACAGCGGCUAUGGGCCACCGGUUGAGAGACAUAAAGCUCAUGACCACCGCUACCGUAUCUACCGACCAGCAGGGGUGUCACGCUACCAUGCCUAUGGGGAUCCCAGACAGUGGGACGAUUCUAGGUAUUACGAUGCUUAUUCAUAUACAAAUGCUCGAGAAACAUUUGAGAAGGAAUCAGCAGCAAGAAGCUCUCAACGGAAUCGCAGCCGAGUAGGACGCCCUGCAAGUAUGGUGGUCACUGAUAAUGCUCUAAGUCGGCCUAUGUAUGAGAAGGAUCCUAGAAGAUUACCACCACAGCGAGGAAUCGACCGUCAUCCUGACGAGGAGAGGCUACGCAUCACCAGCGGUCGAACCUAUACAGAUAACGAAUCUCACUGGGAUCAACAGAGACAUCCACGUCAGCAGCGUCCUUUGUUACAUCAAGAUCGAGAGGACGGCUAUCUCUCAGUCACAGAUGACCAGAAGCAUUCCAGCCGUCAUCGUCAUCGCUCUCGUCCACGCUCUCGUAAGCAUGCAGAGGACUUUCUCGCACCCGUGCUCAGUGGACUAGCUACUCUUGGUUUGGCAAGCGGCUACUCGGAUGACGGUAGGGACACUGACCGUGCCAGCCGAUCAGGCAGAAACCGUUCUCGAGACGUUGAGCACAGCGAUCAUGAUCGUGAUUACUACAGGCUGCGAGAGAGGGAGAAAGCCGUAUCUGGAGAUGAGAGGAAUACCCACCGACAUCGGCGCCAUCAUAGGGACCGGUCUCAGCGGCAUGAAUCCUCUUCAGACUCGCCUAGUUCUGGAGAACACUCGCGGCUGCAGCGACGUGGAAAGUCAUCAUCACGAAGGCACUACGACUCGAGCGGUUCCGAUAAUGGGCGUGAUCGGCGCAGAAAAGAAGAUGAUAACAAGCUCUUGACUGCACGUAAAGACGAUAUCUCUGAGGUAUCUGGAAAACGUUCAGUAGAUACUGAGAGCGAAGAACGUCCUCGAAAGCCGGUGGCUGUCGAACCCCCGGCGGUGAAGGAGCCAGAAGCACCACCAAAAGGAAUCCUCAAGGCUCCUCGAGAGAAGUUCCCUGAAGAUACGAACCAUAUUCGAGAGGGGGUUGCACCGCUCAAGGAUGCACAGAAGAAAGGCAUCCCUCCAGGAGCUAGGUGGACAAAGAUUGACCGAAGACUUGUCAAUCCGGCUGCACUAGAAAUGUUUCACGAGCGAUUUGAGGAGCGGGCGGAAUAUGUGAUUGUUCUCCGGGUUUUGACAAAGGAGGAGAUCCAAGCAUUUGCAGUCAAGACGCAAGAAAUUCGGGAUGCACGCGCCAAAGCUGCGCAGGAGGAGCGUCGCAGGCUCCGAGAGGAACGACGUCGCAACGGGCAAGUUGACAGCUUGUCUAGCGACGAUGAAGAGGAUGACGAUGAUGGAGACGAGAGAGAGCCAUUGGCCAUCGAAGCAGCGCCGGCGAGAGAUGAAUUUCCAGUGAUGCGAGGCAAGGACCGUGUCGGCAAUGAGACAGUAUCUGAGGCAGUGAAGAGUUAA